AACGAAAACUGUUAAUCCUUACAACAUUUCUUUCGAACCGACGAGCCCACGCGGUAGCGAGUUAUCGAGUCAGGUGUGGCGUUAAAAAAAAUAAACUAACAAGUAAAGGCGUGACCGCACCAACGCGGUGGUCACGUGGAAGAAGAUGGCUGCUGCCAAGGCAGCUUUGAUUUGUUAAUCACCACGCAUGCGCACAGAUCACCGUACCGCAAGAUGGCGGCUUCCAGGGGCACCAUGUUACUGCGAAGGGCCGCGGGCAGCCUGCCUGGGCUGGCUCUGCUCCCGAGGCUCUUCUGGGCCCAGAGUUCCCCUGCCAUGACAUCGCCCUGGAGUGCUGUGGUCAUGCACGUCAACAUAACACAACACGGUUAUCCGGGGCUGAGACAGCCUGCCAACUUGAUUGCUGGUCCUCACCAGAUCGGGAUUGCAGCGGGAUAUGAGGCUGCUCCUGCUGCCUCGCUCCUGCGGCUCCAGCGCCCGCUGCUCCGGGUGUUCAGCACAGAGACGGACCCAGUCGCCUUUGACACCGAAUCGCGCUUUAAGGAGAAACCCUGGGAGUAUCUAGAGACGGAAGAGUACAUCGAGAGAUACGGCGACAAGCCCGUCUGGUUCGGCUAUCGACGUAACCACAAGGGAUCCAUCCCCCCUCAGAAGACCCGCAAGACCUGCAUAAGAGGAAAGACGACUGUGGGGAACCCCUGCCCCAUCUGCCGAGACCAGAAACUCCAUGUGGACUACAGGAACGUGAAGCUCCUGGAGCAGUUUGUCUGCUCCCACACGGGUGUCACCUUCCAUCCCACCCGCACAGGCGUCUGCAUGAAGCAGCAUAAACGCUUGACCCAGGCGAUUGACCAAGCUCGUGACCAUGGGCUCUUGAGCUUCCGCAUCCCCUUGGUGACGCUGCAGGGAGAGGACUACAGCAACCAGCACCAGGCUGUGACCAAGACGCCCCCCGCCCCCUCCCUGCAGAGCCAGGCACCUUGGUACCCCUGGUACGAGUGGCAGCAGCCGCCCGAAAAGGACAUUGCCAGGAUCCGCAGGAUAUACAAGAACUAUCUGAAGGAGGAGACUGGCCCGGCAUGAGGGCCCAGGGCAGGACUGGAUGGAGUGUCCUGGGGCAUGGGGGAUGGGCCACUCCUGGGGGAGCUUGGGCCUUUGGCCUCACCUGACAAGCCAGCCCUAGUCCCCACCCCUGCAGGGAUAGCGCUGGAGCUGCCCAGCUCCCGGCCAUGACUUGUCCAAGCCUUCAGUGGGGAAUAAACUGGAAGCUGCCA